GCAGAAGGGGCUGGGAGGGGGAAGGAGGGCGACAUGUCGGCCGGCAGGGGCUGCGACGGGCCCCGCCGGCGAGGAGGAGGAAGAGGAAGAGGAGGAGAAGGAGGAGGAAGGGGCACCGGGCUGCUCAACCGCUUCGCGCAGCUGCUUGGGCGGCCGCCCCUGCCAGGCCACAGAGCCCCACCAGCACGAAGCGGGCAUCGCUGUGUGGCAGAUAACACCAACCUGUAUGUGUUUGGAGGGUAUAAUCCAGACUACGAUGAAUCGGGAGGCCCAGAGAACGAAGACUACCCUCUCUUCAGGGAGCUUUGGAGGUACCACUUCGCGACAGGAAUAUGGCACCAAAUGGGCACCGAGGGCUACAUGCCCAGAGAGUUGGCAUCUAUGUCCCUGGUGCUGCACGGGAACAACCUGUUGGUCUUUGGCGGCACCGGCAUUCCCUUUGGAGAAAGCAACGGCAACGACAUCCACGUCUGUAAUGUCAAGUACAAGCGGUGGGCGCUGCUCAGCUGUCGCGGGAAGAAACCCAACCGGAUUUAUGGACAGGCUAUGGCAAUCAUCAAUGGCUUCCUUUAUGUCUUUGGAGGAACAACUGGUUAUAUCUACAGCACAGACCUGCACAGAUUAGACCUUAAUACCAGGGAGUGGGUACAGUUAAAGCCAAACAAUUUACUCUGCGAUCUGCCAGAAGAGAGGUAUAGGCAUGAAAUUGCACAUGAUGGGCAGCGAAUAUACAUCUUGGGAGGUGGAACUUCCUGGACUGCUUACUCCUUAAACAAGAUCCACGCGUACAACCUCGAAACGAACACAUGGGAAGAGAUCACGACAAGACCCCAUGAAAAAAUAGGUUUUCCCGCAGCUAGAAGAUGUCACAGUUGUGUGCAAAUAAAAAAUGACGUGUUCGUUUGUGGUGGGUAUAACGGGGAAGUGAUUCUGGGAGACAUCUGGAAGCUGAGUCUGCAGACCUUCCAGUGGGUGAAGCUUCCAGCCGUCAUGCCGGAGCCAGUUUAUUUCCACUGUGCUGCUGUUACACCAGCCGGCUGCAUGUACGUCCACGGAGGCGUGGUGAACAUCCACGAAAACAAACGGACCGGGUCGCUCUUUAAGAUGUGGCUGGUGGUUCCCAGCCUCCUGGAACUGGCGUGGGAGACGCUGCUCGGCGCCUUCCCUCACUUAGCAAACCUCUCCCGGACACAGCUGCUGCACCUGGGACUCACGCGGGGGCUGAUUGAGCGCUUGAAAUGAGGAUUUCUCGCCCGUCCUUCCCCCUCCGGAAAUGUUAAUUUAAAGAGGCUAUUUAUGGGCAGCAGGGCGAGUGCGGACGGAGAGGAUCGGGGACCCCGGUCGAGGCCUUACCCAGAAAAUACAGCAGAUGCCUUUCUGUCCGUGCCGUCGAAGUCUGUGGAGACGUGACUCUCCUCCGGGGCUGCCGCUGCACCUCCUGCUUCCCUCCCAGUCUUCCUCCCGUCUCUGUUUUUUUUUUUUUUUGGAGGGGAGGGAGACGGAGGUGAUCUCCGCGGAGACCUCGUACUCUGGGCAAUCGAGGUAAUGGAGCAAGUUCUCUUUCAGGAGACUACAGAACGUGCCGGCAGCUGGGGCCUCGUCGUUUUAAAGAGUGCGUUUGGGAGGGUAGGGGAGAGGAGGAAAAUGUUGUUAUAGCCUUGCAGCGUAUGCUUUUAACCCUGGUGUUUAACUUAUCGCUCUAGAGAUGUACUUUCCCAAGUAGGCACGGCUCAGCGCAGCAGUCUCUGAGCGCCCGCCGGCUGCGCCGGGACUUCGGCGGGUCCCAAAGCUGAAUGUUCAGGGCCGUCCGCUCUUGGCCAUCCUCAUCUCUUCAUGCCCCCUCACCGGGCCGGGCCCAACAAGGGCCUGAACCAAGAUGCUUCAAAUCCCCAGGGCUGGGGGCAGGGAAGGGGAAUGGCCUCAUCGAUCCUGCCACUUUCUUGGGGUGAGGGGGUGGCUAGGGGAAGUUUCCUUCCCCUUUGGGCAUGGGAGUGGCUUCACCUGCCAUAUUCAGAGCAUCUUCCAGCCCUCAGGACCUCUGCCACUCGUUCUUAGUAACCUCCCCACCUCCUAUGUGGUGUCUGGCCCAGAUACAGCCUCUCCUGCACCCAGGCAGUGAGUUUUAGCUCUGGAACGGCGGUACUUGUUUUAUGUCCCGCGCUUGUUUCCCCCACCUCCCUCUCUGGUUUUCCCCCCACAUCUCCUAGUCAGCACCCCCCCAACACACAAACCCCGGCUGCCCCUCCCCAGGGAACGAAGCCUCACUUACAGCGCCGGGUGGGGGAGGAAGUAAGAUUGAGUGCUGGCAUCAUUCCCGGGAGGAAGAAUGGCCACAGAUAACGAUCUUACUUCCAGUACGGUUUCUGGGGCUGCCGCGGCUCCAUCUUGGCAGAACGGUCCCCCGGGUGGCUCACGGGCCGACGGACCCGGAUCUCCCAGCAGUGAUCGGCACAGUGCACUUAGGCCAGUGGGUUUAAGCCGGACACUUUUCUUUUAAGUGCCUUUUUCUUUUAAAAUAACUUGCCAAAAGAGUUUGCCCAUCGCCACCACAGAAAAGCGUAGAGAGGGGGUUGCCUUUGUCCGCUGGGCUCUGAGCUACGGCACCAACCCAGCUGGGGAAGCACAGGGUGGGGCCACGUGGGCGGCCCGUUUGUCCCAACAUGAAGAUUCCCAGAACUUUGUUUUGGCUUCAACCCUAUCUACUUCCCUAGCCUGUUAACUCUUCCAUCCAGUUGGUCCAGAGCGGGGGAGCCACUUCUUGUCGUGGCUCGGCCUUCAGAAGUCCCUAAAUGCUCCCCCUGCCCAUCUCAGAUUUCCAAGGAAAAGGUUGGGAAAAACUGGUGGCUCGUUCGGUGUGCUUUUUUUUUUGGAGGGACUAGAACCCGGUUUUUAUAGUUUGAGGACAAGGGCGUUGGGGCCCAGGUCUGCCUAGUCCUGGAUCAGCCCUUUUAGGGCCAGCCACUCACCUUGGCCACAAGCCGAGUUAAUAGGAUUUGCUGAAAGCCGGAGUCUGGAUCAGAGCAUCUGGAGGGAUAGAGGAGAGGGAAGGGCCUGUUUUAGGAGCGGGUGAGGGGACCAGAGAAGGAGCUUUCAGCUGCUGCUCUGCUGUUGCCUUAUGCAGUCGUGGGACUGUGGUGCUGGAGAUCAUCUCGGACGCGGGGCGUUCUGGCUCUGCGUGGCAUCUGCUUGCUUUCAUCCUCUCCAAGCCUUUUUGAGGCUCCCUUCCUCUGUACCCUGAAAAGACACAACAUCAGCUGCAGCCCCCGGGGUCGCAGCGGGUGCCCUGACUGGAGCCACAGGCCAACCUCAAAUCUUUUAAUCUAGAUUUCUCCUGGGGUGGUGAAACCAUGCACCCUUCCCCGUCCCCCAGCAAUGCAAGAAGUUAGGCCAGAUGCUGGAGGACUCCCUUAGGGGCACCUCACAAGUUUCAGGCUAUUAACCAGCCAGCAACAGGUGCUUCUGUUUUCUGGGCCAUUUGCACACCUGCUUCUCCGCCUUACAACUGGCUGCCUCAGCUGUCUGCGUCUAGAUCCAGUCACACCCAUUUUCACUGUAAAAAACUUUGGCUUAGUUGAUUUCAACUCCCACUGCCCUUUCUCCGCCCCUCAUGGGGUAGCAGUGGUGACCAGAGAACAGCCGGCAAGGCCUGGUGUCAUUCCUCCCUCCUGCCCUGCUGCUCCCUGCUCUAACUCACUACCUUCCAACAAGCUACUGCAGAGCUGGAUUGGCAGGAAGGUACAGUGGU